UGGGUUUCACCACCUCGUUCAGGACGAUGUCCUGCGCCUCCUUCGGGAAUGUCUUCUCGAAGAACGUGAAGGGUAGAGCCUGGCCCUUGCCGUUGACGAAAGACCGCAAAGCUGAUAGCCCUGCAAUGUCGACCUUCGGUAGGCUCGCCUUCAGGUCGUCGGAUAGGCUGAACUUGUCGCCCGGCCGGGAUGCGGGUGUACGGCUCGGAAGACUCGUCCCGCGGUAGUCCCUUCAACACCCACUCCAGAGGAUCUUCCGGGAGGGGGGGGGGGGGUGGUUGAGCUUCCUGGAAGAUGCCAACAACAAGCACCGAAGGGGAUGGAGCUCGUUAGAUAGAACCUAGUAAUGCACCUGAAGUAACUGAAUCGUACAACAGCAGUACCAAAUAACACAUGGCAUGAGGCAGGCUCAAGAGUAUACGUUUGGUCAGAGUACCACAAGCAAAGAUGACACCAAAAGCAAUUAGUGACUCCAAAACUUUGCAUUGGUCAGACGCCUAAAUAGCGCGGUCGAUGGUACCGCUGUGAACCAACCACCUAGACUACAUGAGAAACAUGUGUAUCGCUAUCGAACAGAGAGAAAAGCGGCACCGUUGUGUACUCAUGGCGUCAAAAAUAUCAUGCAGGGAGACAUUUCUAGGAAAACAGACCAGCGCUCGAAAUUAGGCUUACGCUAUCUGCCACACCUUGGGUUUUUCCUGCUUCUCGAGCUUGAGGUGCCACGCACUCUCCUAGGCCCUCAUGAAGCCGUCAUCCUGGAUUUUCGCCACCUGGGCGCAGUGCGUCUCCCGAAACUUUGCUAUGCGAGGAUCCGCACCAGGCAUCUGCAGCUCGUCCACGCCACCUCCCGACUUGUUCUCCGAGUCAUAAUUGGGUGCCCCGUCGCUGGUCCCGACUCCAAGAGCAGCACUAAAUGCUGUUUUGCAGCGCUUCCGUUGUUGGCCGUCAUGGUGCUUGCACAAUCCUGGCACCCUAACUCCAACCUAAUUGCCGCACUUUUGGCCUUUGUUCCGGCCGCGGGCUACGGUAGCGACACAUAGAGCAGAGUUGUUUGGAGAAGCAUCUGGUGAGGCUGGUUGCUGCUGCUGCUGCUGCGUGACCGGUUGGGGCAGGGCCCGCUGUUGUUGUGCUCGCUGUUGCCGACCUGCGCCCCCGGUUUUGUCACUCAUGUCAGGCGAGUUCGAGUUUUUGGCAGGAGAAGGCUCCGGUGGACAUCGUCCAUGCUGCUGUUGUUGUUGUCGCCGCUGCAGCUGCAGCUGUUGCGGCUCACGCGAGACCGUCCGGAGUGGCUGCGUGACCGGUGAUGCCGUGGUCGAUUGUUGUCACUGCCGCCGUGCCCCUCGCGUGUUGAGACCAGAGUUGUCCGAGUUCGCAGCAUACAACGGUUUGUAGGAUGGGCCCCUAUAAAACUCGGCAUCAUCAUCCUCAUCAUCACUAGCCUCAUUUGUCUCAUUUGGGUCGAAAUCAGAACCGCUGUCCUCCAUGACAAGCUCGCUGUCCUAAGUGCCAGCGUGCAAACCAAGGGUGGAUUGCUGCACGAGGGAGACGGACAUUGAUUAUGUACAAGGAGGAAUCCCAACUGGCGCUGCCGGUGACGCAACCGCAAGCGCUACCAACAACGCCACCCAGACAGUUCUGUACGGACAAGGCGUGCUGCAAACCCUGCCCAGCGCCUUCACGCCCCAUGAAAGGAGGCAAGUCUGUGGAGUGGACCGUCAAGCAUGUUGCGUGUGCAGCAGUCGGGCGCUGACAAGCUCUGGGCGAGGAGACAUUAGGAUGAGAAGCGCUUUGACGGUCAGCUGCACGUGGAGAUGAUUGAUCCAAACAUAUUGGAACGGCAGCAGUGCCUCUGCCCUCCCGCGGUAUGACGAGGCCGGUCGGUGACUAGAAUCUCAACAAAAGUAGGCUGUAUCAAUAUACACCAGUUGCCGGAGCUUUUGUUGGGAUUAUUAUGUAUCCGGCGAU